UUUAGCCAAGGAAAAAUCAAACGGUCAAGCAAAAGAAUUUGAAAAAGGCAAGCCACUGAAGAAAAUUACGAACUUUCAAAGAAUAUGACGUGAAAAAUCAUUCGAAAUUGCACCAUUUAUAUUCUAACAUCGUGUUUAAUGGUUUUGGAUAAUUCUGCGUUUGGGACUUUAACCAUGUCCUUUAGUAUUGACGCUUUGCUUUCAAAUGACGUUACACAAAAACAGGACUCAAAAUUGAGCAGCAAAGGACAAAUUCAUGGAGCAACUAACAAAAUACCAACUGUCGGUAACAGUAAGGGACAUCCGGCAAAGGAUCAUCCAAAGUCUCCAUGCGAUUCUCCUCGGCCCUCUUCCUCGGGAUCAAGUAACAGGUGCCCGUCUAGUCCAGAGUCGAGCAUCUCUCCGUCAAAUUCUGUGAAUUUUUCUACCGGAAGUUUUAUUCCUCGUCCCGGUCUUUUGAAUCCCCAGCAUCCAGGAUCACUUAUCCCCUCCAAUCACCUUCAUGGACUAUUUCCGGGCCAUCAAAUGUACGGAUAUGGCUCUCAGCCCGGUCACCCCAUGCUUCCGAUUCUUCCCGGCAGUGCUUUUCAUUCUCCAAUGAAUCCUGGACUUAAAAUGCCCCCAUCACAUCAAGGGAUUCAACCCUACUUGAAUGAGUGGUUCGCCAGAGGUGGCAUGUUUAUGCCAAGAAUGAUGGACUAUGGAGCUCAGCAGCAGUCUAGUUUACUGGGUAAGACCCGCCGUCCGAGGACCGCCUUCACCAGUCAGCAGCUCCUGGAGCUGGAGAGACAGUUCAAGAUGAACAAGUACCUGUCCAGGCCAAAGAGGUUCGAGGUGGCGACCUCACUGAUGUUAACAGAAACACAAGUAAAAAUUUGGUUCCAAAAUAGACGAAUGAAAUGGAAGAGAAGUAAAAAAGCGAGUGACCCUUUUCGAAAAAGUGGUGAAGAUAGAACUAAAGGAACCACCACAGCAUCAGAAACCGCGGCGACAUCUAGUGAGGAAAUGUAUGAUCUCGAUCCGGAAUCAGAAGAUAUCGACAUUGAUGACGUCGAUGAUGACGACGAUGAUCAAACGGAAGCUAAAGACUUGACGUUAAGUGCGAAAUUGCAAUCCCAUGAUUCAUUUCAAGUGUCAAAUCCAAACUUUUCAUUCAACGGUUUAAAUAUGAGACAAUCACAAGACGUAUCAUAAAAGCAUAUAAUAUAUGCCUUGGUUUUACAAUGUUGAUAAGUUCAUGACAAUGUGUUAUAUUACAUAUUCGUAUCGUUUUGAUUGAGUAUGUCUUUAUCAGAAUA